CCUCCAAAGAUUUUCCUUCAAAUUGGUGGAGGAGAAGCCACCAUGCAACUGCCACUGCCACCGUCUCCAAUGGCGCUUCCACUUUCCGGGAGAUUUCCGGCGCCUUUUCUUCCGCCGUCUAUGAGGAAAGCUGGACUACUGCAUCCAAUUGCUUCCGCCUCUUUAUCUCCGACAAUCAAGGACGAAACGAUAGAUUGGGUCGAAGCAACUUCCAACUUCUUCGAGAAAGAUACGAGACCGAUUAUGCUAUUUGACGGUGUUUGCAAUUUGUGCAAUGGAGGUGUGAGAUUUGUUCGAGCUAAUGAUAGAAACAGAAGAAUACGAUUGGAGGCUCUCCAAAGUGACGCUGGCAAGAAGCUGUUAAGAAGGUCAGGGAGAGCACCGGAUGAUAUUUCAAGUGUUGUACUUGUUGAGAAGGACAGAUCUUAUAUCAAAUCUGAAGCUGUUCUAAGAAUAAUGGAAUAUUUGGAGUUACCCUUUCCUCAGCUUGCACUUUUUCUCCAGUUUGUGCCUCUGUUUGUUCGAAAUAUUGUCUAUGACAAUAUUGCAGAUAAUCGAUAUACAUUAUUUGGACGCUCGGAGUCAUGUGAAAUAUAGAAUUUAUUUGUACUCCUAGGAUUUGUAUAUAAUACUUGGGAAUUAAAAACUUUAAAAGUUAAGAACUUUGUUUGAUAAUUAAUACUAUCGGGAAAUGGAGCUGAUAUCAUGAUUGAGUUGCCAGGUCAACCUUUGGUAUUGUUAUCCGUGAACUUUAAGGAUUCUCGAUGUUUGCUUAGUCAGUUCCUUCAUUGACCCAACAUUUAUAUAACAUAUCGUUUCAGCGUAA